AUGACAGACGAAAUCGGCCUUCCCCCUAAGCCCACAGUUUUUCUUCCUUCCGUCAAUGAAAAGAAACCUCAUGAAAUUGGAAUAUAUAUAUGUCUUCUUGAAAAUUUUUUCCCUGAUGUUAUUAAGGUAGACUGGAAAGAAAAGAAUGGCAAAAAAAUCCUGCAGUCGCUGGAGACAAGGCCCAUAAAGACUGAUGAUAAUAAGUACAUGAAAUUAAGCUGGCUAGAGGUGACUGAAACGUCAAUGGAUAAAGAACACGUUUGUGUUGUCAAACAUGAGUUUAAUGAUGAAAACCAUGACCAAGAGAUUGUUUUUCCUUCAAUAAAUGAAGGGCUACUGCAGAUUCAGCUCAACUACAUUACUGCCUAUUACACCUACGUCCUCCUCCUUCUCAAGAGCAUGGUCUACUUUGCCAUCAUCGCCUUCAUUGGCGUUGGUCAGUUAAAGUUGGAGCAACCUAAAAUGUCAAUUUCCAAGACAAGGGAUAAGACUGCCCAUAUACCUUGUAUUGUGACUUCCAAAAAUUUUAACAGUGAUUACAUACACUGGUACCGACAGAAAACUGACCAGAAUAUAGAACAUCUUUUACAUGUCAUCUCAACAACACAAUCUGUUUCAAAGAACAUAGGUGGGAAGACAAAGCUGGAAGCAAAUAAAGAUCCUACAACUUCCAGAUCAACCUUGAAAGUUAAUUUUGUACAGAAAGAAGAUGAGGCGGUGUACUACUGUGCUGUCUGGGACCACAGCCUUAGAAUCACCAAGAUCACCUAUACAAAAACCAACUUCAGGUCACGCCCACAUCCUUCCUCCAUCAGCUUCCUUUUCCUAGGAUUUUACUAUACAGAUGGCAAUAAUUUACUAUCACAGAUCAAAAUAUCUAUUACCAAGAGAAAAGGAAGUACAGCAUUUCUUGAGUGCCCAAUAAACACAAAAGCCUUCAAGAAGAAUGUGUAUGUCCACUGGUACCGACAGAAGCCAGAACAGCCUCUACAGCGAAUUCUCUAUAUAUCGUCAAAUGAAAACGUUGUCCAUGAGCAAGGUAUUAGUGAGGAAAGAUAUGAAGCAAAGAAACGGCACGACGAUUUGCCAGCGAGCCUCAGGAUACACCGAGUUAACGAGUCCGACGCAGGGCUGUAUUACUGUGCAUGUUGGGAUACACAGCAUGAACGUGCUCCAGGGGCGCUGAACAAAAACCCUCCUGUGCUGAGGCACCUUAUCACUGGAGGACACCAGAUUACUCACACAGCUGGAGUAUUGAAGUUGGGUGGCAGAAAAUCCCCUGGUCUUGAGGCAGCCAGGAGAGGGAAAUCAAGUCACAAACACAGCCAUGGCAGAAUGUACAGCUGUCACCUCCACUGCCAUGACUGUAUGAAAGCAGGGAAUGGGCAUGGGGGCUCCAGAUUAGGAGAAGCUGUAACCUCAGAUUUUUGUAGAAGCUGUAACCAAUGUGCUAGCUCAGGAUGGAUCAAGGUAUUUGGAGAAGGGACAAAGCUCAUAGUAAUUCCUUCUGAUCCUCACAGUGAUACUACAAAGUUUAGUCUGGAAGAUAGCAAUGGUACAAUGCAGCUGCAGUUCAUCCACACCUCUGCUUAUUAUACCUACCUUUUCCUGUUUGUCAAGAGCAUGAUCUAUUCUGCCAUCAUCACCGUCAGUGUAUUCAGGAGAACAGGAGUCUGUGGCAAUGGAAACUGUUUCUAA